GUCGCCGGAUAAGGUCAGAAUUGUCGGAUAUUCGGUGGUGUGCUCACAUUGUUCAAUUGUUGACGACCAUACCGACGUUUAUCUUGAUUUUUUUCACUAAAUAGUUGCCCUAUGAUCUUGUCAGAUUAAUCUUUUACGUACGAUUCCGGUGAUGGACAGCGAUACUGUUGAUGUCAAACUCGAAGUCGAUGACGACCAAACUUCGGUUGCGAAUUUUGUGUCUGCAAAUAUCAUCAGCCAUGAUUCCGUCGUGACUUGUGGUCAAUGCGAAAAACAAAUGUUAUAUCAGGAGUAUGAUUCUGAACACCGUCAGAUUCAUUAUGACCUCUGUUGGAUUGUAGGAGUAGAAAAUGAAAUUGAUUUCACAGAUACUUCAAAAACACAAGCAAUAUUAAAGAAAACUUUAACCAAAUCUAAAGCUAAGUCAAAAUUUAUAUGUGAAUGGUGCAAUGCUGUUAAAUUGACUAUUUCUGGGUUUGCCAAUCAUCUAAAAAAAUGUAAACAAAAAACAGUGGUGAGUGUAAGUAAUGAAGUUCUAAAUGAGUCUGAUGUAAAUCUUGGUGUAUCAUCUACUACUCAUAAUGAUGACACUAUGGUGUCAUGUGGUCGUUGUGGAGAAAGUAUGAUGUAUGAAGAGUAUAAAAAUAAACAUAGACACACUCACUAUAAUUUAUGUUGGUUGGAAGGAGAAGAAAAAUUAGAUUAUUUAAAUGAAAACAAAAUGGCUGUUUUACUCCGUAGUAUUUUACCAAACGGUACUGCUAAAAAAAAUUUUAUAUGUGAAUGGUGUAAUGAUUUAAAAAAAAGUGUGUUAGGCUUUGCUUCUCAUGUGAAAAAAUGUGCCAUAGAACAACAGCAAGUACUUCAAAUUCCUGAUGAAACUGAUUCACCCCAGCCUAUAGAUGAAGAAGAAAUCAAUAGUAAAAACAAUUCCAUGGUAAUUUGUGGUCUUUGUAAUAAAAGCAUGAUGUUCGAGGAGUAUGAAGAUAUACACAGUGCAACACAUUACAAUUUAUGCUGGAUAAUUGGUGAUGAAAAACCAGAUUUUGAUGAUGAGAAUUUGAUACAAAGUUUAUUACGACAAAAAUUACCAAAAAAUGCUGCACGUCAAAAAAAAGUAAAAUUUAUUUGUGAAUGGUGUCAGAAUGAAAAAAAAAGUGUAGUUGGUUUUGCUAGUCAUGUAAAACGAUGCCAAUCUAGACCGGAUAAACUGGGACUGCCCAACGAAAUAGGAAAUGGAAAUGAUGUAACAAAAAAAUCUGAUCCAGAAGUUCCAAAAAAAAGUGACGAUUCAAUGGUGACCUGUGGCCGUUGUAAAAAAGAAAUGACUUUUAAUGAAUAUCGUACUAAUCACUGUUCUAAACAUUUAAAUUUAUGUUGGAUUGAUGGAGAAGAAAUACUUGAUUUAGAAAAUUAUGAUACAGUAUUAAAUAAAUUAAAGCAAUUCAUACCUUUUAGCGUGGUUCGUAAACGAUCAGUAAAGUUGUGUUGUGAAGAUUGUAAAACUGUUAAGAGAAGUAUUUCAGGGUUUGCAAGCCAUGUAAUAUAUUGCAGCAAAACUCCUGAUGAUAUUCAACAAUUGUUAUUAAGAUGUAAAGACUGUGGAAAUAAAAUUAAACCAUCAUCAUUAGUAACUCACAAACUAAAAAGUUGUAAAGGUGUGAAUAGCUUAGAAAAUGUUCAUAAUAUCAUCAUCAAAGACAAUUCUAGAAGUGAUUACAAAAUGCGUCGGAAGAGAAGGCCUCCAAAUGUGUUAAGUUUUCAUCCAGAUACCAAAUAUAUUACUGAAUACUUUGAUUUUAUGUGUCGUUCAUGUGAUUUUGUUACAAUAAGUGUCAAUGACAUUGUUGAUCAUAUUUUGAAUGUUCAUGAUAUUGUUUUAAAUAAAAAAAAAGAUAGUUUAGGCAAUUAUACAAAAAAUAAAUAUGAAGUGCACAGAAAUAUAUACUUAAAGCCUUUAUUAAAUUAUUAUAAUUUCUUCACAAAAACAUUUUGGAAGGAUGUUUGUCACAAAGAUUUUAAUUUUGAUUUUAUGAUCUUAAGAAAUGAUGAAGCAUUGAAGUAUAUACCAUCUAUUCAACAAUCUUGCAAAAUAUUUAAUUCAAAUGAUGAACAAAUUUGUGUUGAUCUUUUCAAGUCUGUUUAUAUCAAUGGUAUGCAUUGGUUAUUUACUGGUGGUCCUAAUUGGGCUAUGUCGUGGUGUCCUAUUCCAAAGGAAGUUCAAACACAGUAUUUGGCAAUAGCAUGCCAUCCUAAACCAGAUUUGGAACAUAAAGAGAUGGACGUUUAUCAAUAUCCGUCCCUUGUGCAGUUGUGGAGAUUCGAUUCAUUAACAAAUAUUAUUAGUGAAUCUGUCUCUCAUACACCACAUAUGUCUUAUGGUCUGGCUCAUGAUUAUGGUGCUGUCUGGGAUAUGGCAUGGUGCCCUUCUGGAGCUUAUGAACCCCCCCAAAAAAUAGGAUUACUGGCGUUAAGUACAUCUUGUGGAGAUUGUCCUGUGUUUGCUAUGCCUUUUGUGGACGAAAUCUCAGAAAUGUUUUAUAUUUACAAAGCCCAGCAUAUAGUAGCAAGAAAUUUUGAAUGUGAGUGGGUUGAUGGCGGUGUACAAUGUACAAAAGUUUGUUGGCAGGCAGUUUCACCAUUCAAAACUCUUAUUUGUGGAUAUUCAAAUGGUGUUGUUAGUGUGUUCCAUAUAAAUUUCAAAUCAAUAUUCUUAGAUAAUGAUAUACUUUAUCCAAGUCAUACUUUCUUAGCAAGUAGAAGUAGUAUAACCGGUCUUUCCAUGAAUUAUUUUAAUACUACAAUAUUGGCUACUUCAGCAACUGAUGGCAAUGUAACUCUUUGGGAUUUGAAGUCUACUGAAACCCCAGUAUUUCAAAAGAAAUCUUACUGUCCAUCUGAUUGUACUUGGCUUCAACAGUGUUACACAUUGGUAUAUUGUAGUAAAGUUGUGAAUCCAGGAUUCUCAAAAGUUCGUACUAUUAAUUUUUCAAAUUAUGACGAUGAUAUUGAUGGUUAUAAUCCCGAGUUGUAUGUUCUAAAAAGUGUAGCUAAUAGAAGUAAAAUACUCGGUAACUGUGAUCUAGUAAAGAAUGAUGAAAAAAUAAACAGUGAUGACACUGAUGAAAGCAAAACUCUUAAUGAAUCCAAUAUAAGUGGUGAUGAAUCAUAUAAAUCUGAUGGUUCAAGUUCAUAUAGUGAUCAAGAUAAAUCGAACAAUGCAGGAAAAUCUGGAGAUUUAACAAAAACCAUUGAUGAGGAAGAUUUUUAUGGUCCUGCUUUUUUUCAAAAGAGUACUCAUUGGUCUGUAUCUACUUCGGAUUGGAUGAAUAUCAUAGCAACUGGAAAUUCAAAUGGAGUUAUUUAUGAAAAGUUGUUUCUAGCAGAGACCAAUAAUAUAAGAAAGGGAAACUCUACAACACUUCAAUUGACGGUAAGACAUUUAUCAAAUGAUAACACUGAAUCUGAGUAUUCCGAUGGUUACCGUUAUAACGAAACAGUUCAAAAAUUUGGACUUAAAUCUAAACUUUUUCUUUUCAAUGAAAAUGUACCAAACGACCAAGAUGCCAGCAAACCUUUGUUAAGAUACCCUCUUGAUAAUGUAACUAAGGUAUCUUGGAACCAGAAUUUUAAUUCUUUUCGUUGGUUGGCGAUUGGAACUCAAAGUGGUUUUACUCUUAUUUCACCUUCUCGAGCAUUACCUGAUAGUUGUAUAGAUACAUUUUAUAAAACAAUUUUUACCCCAAUUGGUAACAUUCAUGAUACGACUGAUAUUUCUAUGUAAUUUUUUUAACUAAAUCUUAUUUUUAAUGGUUUAUCACUAAGAAAAGCUAUUCUUAAUAUUUGUAUUUCAUUAGAUUAUAAUUAGUUAAAAUGUGUCUUAUUAUAUUAUAUUAUAUUGAUGUGUAAAAAUGAAUUCACUAGUGGAAUAACCAGAUUUUGAAGUUAAGUAUUCAGAAAAAAAUUUGUGAUCGACAGCCAGUUACUACUGAGUUCUCAUACUAUUAUUUAACUGUUUUCACUUAUUUGUCGUUUACUAUUAAAAAUUACAAGGCAUACCCAUAAAAAUAUAAUACUUGACAUUUUUUUUUUCAUUUAACUAUCCUAAACAUUCUGGUUUUGGUAUUCUAUCCAAUGCAAUCAUCGGUUUAAAGUCAGAUUUUUAAAUUAGGUACACGCAAAAACUGUAAAUACAUUUUGACUGCUUAGAGUUUACAUUUUCAGUAUAAUGGUGCAUACCAAUAUUGGUUAAUUACUAGUAUCAAAGUAUUUUUAGAAUUUGAGAAUACUGGUGUUUCAUCAUUGUGUAAUUACGGAAAAUAAACUAUUAUUGGUAAUACUAUUGAUACUCCUAGUAAAAACAUGAUGAAUACCAGUGUCAAAACUUAAAUAUCACCAUCUAGAUUCUAGGAUUUACCAGAUUAUUUGCUCACUAACCAAUUGCAAAAGCCAGUUAUGUUCAAAAUCAAAAUCGGACCUUACUUGUUAUUGUAACUAUUAAAAAUGAGUUCAUCAAAAUUGUAUAUUUUUUUUUAAACUUAUGAAUACUGUUUUUAACCAAAGGAAGAUCUUAUUUUUGCCUACGAUACUACUUUUAUCUUUAUUGAUUUGUUUACAAAUUUUUUAGUUCAAUAUAUUCAAAGAGUUUUAAAAAAUUGUCAUUUCUAGUUAUUGUACUAGUGCUUUCAAAUGUGAAUAGCGUAUGUAUUGUGUAAUAUUUUUAAUUCAUGAUCGAAUGUUUGGAUGUAUUUUAGUAGUUUUAAGUUUUUUUUUUAUAUAUAUAUAAGGACUUACUUAGACUUAAAAACAAUUAUAAACUUUAA